CUCUGGAGGGGCGGGGCGGGGCGGGGCGGCGCCGCGGGAGCGCCAGCUUCUGCGGGCGGCGGGAGCCUCCGUCGGCAGCUCUCUGUCUUCUCCUUCGCAGCCUGCCCCCACGCGCACCUUUCCUCUUGCGUGUGAGGUGCGCUCGUCGUGUGUUGCAUUCGCUGCCGUUGCGCUUCAGGUGAGGGAGGGGGGGAAGGAGAAAGCGAGCGAGGAGGCGUUCACUCCCCCUCCCUCCUCAGCGCCUCAUCGCCGGCGCUACCCGCUUCUCUUUCCCCGGGAAAAUACAGCAGCCCCCUGCCAAGAUGGGCUGCACGCUCAGCGCCGAGGACAAGGCGGCUGUGGAGAGGAGCAAGAUGAUCGACAGGAACCUGCGCGAGGAUGGCGAGAAGGCGGCCAGGGAGGUCAAGCUGCUCCUCUUAGGAGCUGGUGAAUCAGGGAAAAGCACAAUUGUCAAACAAAUGAAGAUUAUCCAUGAAGCUGGUUAUUCAGAAGAAGAAUGUAAACAAUACAAAGCUGUUGUCUACAGUAACACCAUUCAGUCCAUUAUUGCUAUCAUUAGAGCAAUGGGGAGGUUGAAGAUAGACUUUGGUGAUCCAACCAGGGCUGAUGAUGCUCGUCAACUAUUUGUGUUAGCUGGAGCAGCAGAAGAAGGAUUUAUGACUGCAGAACUUGCUGGAGUUAUCAAGAGACUGUGGAAAGACAGUGGAGUUCAAGCUUGUUUCAACAGAUCUAGAGAAUACCAGCUUAAUGACUCUGCUGCCUAUUACUUGAAUGACUUGGACAGGAUAGCACAAACCAGCUACAUUCCAACUCAACAGGAUGUUCUCAGGACUAGAGUGAAAACUACAGGAAUAGUGGAAACUCAUUUUACUUUCAAAGAUCUUCAUUUUAAGAUGUUUGAUGUUGGAGGUCAAAGAUCAGAGCGGAAGAAGUGGAUUCAUUGUUUUGAGGGUGUUACAGCAAUUAUUUUUUGUGUGGCAUUAAGUGAUUAUGACUUGGUCUUGGCUGAAGAUGAGGAAAUGAAUCGGAUGCACGAGAGCAUGAAAUUGUUUGACAGUAUCUGCAACAAUAAAUGGUUCACAGACACUUCUAUUAUUCUCUUCCUAAACAAGAAAGAUCUCUUUGAAGAAAAAAUCAAAAGGAGUCCUCUCACUAUUUGCUACCCUGAAUAUGCAGGAUCAAAUACUUAUGAAGAAGCAGCUGCUUACAUUCAAUGCCAGUUUGAAGAUCUGAACAAGAGAAAAGACACAAAGGAAAUCUACACUCAUUUCACAUGUGCCACAGAUACAAAGAAUGUGCAAUUCGUUUUUGAUGCUGUAACUGAUGUCAUUAUAAAAAAUAACCUUAAAGACUGUGGCCUCUUCUAAGAGCAAACAAAAAUUUGUUAAAUGGUAAAUUAAAUGCCUGAAAAACAGGACUUUGGCAUUUGGAAUAUGCCUAUGUAGUGUAAAACUUACAUAGAUAUACUUAAUUCUCUUUAUUUUAUUUUUAGGUUUGAAGAAUGACUUCACAUAAUUCUAAUCUGAUUGGUUUCAAGGUGAAAGAAAUACAAAAUAUGUUGUGUUGAAUGAUAAACCAGUACUGUACUUGCCUGUUUUAACAGCUUUAUUUAUGUUUGUCUUGUAAAUUUAAGUAAUUGGGUAACUUUGAGAUGUCUUUUGACUGUAUGUAUUCUUAUAAUUGUAGUAAUGUAUUUGUAUAAACAUUGAACAGAAUAUUUUAGUAACUUGAUGUCCUCUAAAAUUUCCAUGUUUUAUUAAAAUGCUCUUAGAGGGGAUGGACACUUUUUGCCUUUGGAUUAUUUAAACAUCUUGUAAAAUUAAAUUUUCUUUUCAUCAGAAGGGUGCAUGCUGCCUUAUUCUUUACUUUUGGUAAUAUUGUAUAUGGUGUUAGUUUUUUGAUAUUUAAACAGCUCCCUACACCUGCUCAGAUUUAAAGAGACAUAAUCAAUAAAACUUGUUUUUUUGCCUUAAGUUUUGAAAAAAUCUUUUUAUAAAUUUAAGAUAAAUACAAAAAUUAUUUUUAAAAUUUAAUUGAAAUCCACAGCUUAUGAAACUUGGGCUUGCAGUCUUUGCAGUGCAAAUGUGGCACAGCUUAUGAAACUUGGGCUUGCAGUCUUUGCAGUGCAAAUGUGGCAACACUGAGAAAUUGAAUUUAAGGUUCAUUGAUUGUUGAAGUUGAUGGAAAUGCAAAAAGGAAGUUGUUAAAACACACACAUACAGUAAUGAUAAAGUCUAAAUCUGUGGUCUUUACUCACUGGAGUGAAUGGACAAGUUACCUUUUGAUUUUUUUAUUGACCAUUAACAAAGGUUGGACUACAGAGUAAAAGGAGGUUUUUCUGCUUACUUGAGAAGUAAAAUCAGGUUCUCCUUAAACUCUUUGCUAUUUUCUGGUAAUAAAACUAGUUUGAUAAUGAUAGGAAAUUAGGACCUCCCAUGAGACAUGGCACAGUGGUCUCAGUAUUUAGAACAGGAUGACUUAGUGACUUGUAGAUGUUCUUUACCCCUCUACUGAUAUUUAAACUCUAACACUUUCUUUAAAGAGAGUUAGUUUAAAAAAUACUAUUUUUAUUUCUGGUUAUGCUUUCUUUGUGACUUGCUGUCUUAGUGUCAUCAUGCAUUGCCUUAUGAUUAGUGCCAGAACUGAUUUUUAUACCUAUCUUAAAAAGAAUAAGCUUCUAUUUGUAAAUAAGUUCAUGGAUGGUUGUCUUCAAUGUAUUUUGUCAUCCAGAAUAUUUAAAUGUACCAAACUUUGAAAUAUGAUUUUUCUAUAAUUGUUAGACUAUAUCAGGCAGCUACUGUACACCCUAAGUUGUUCAAGAAAGAAAAAAGUCUUUGAAUCUGUUGAUAUUUUUGCAUAUUAUCUUAGCAUAUAUCUUCUUAGAAAUGUUCAACCAAAAUAUCUCAAUCAUUGUUCUUUUACUUAAUUUUUAAUUGUGUAUAUGUUUCAUUUAGGCUUCAGCUUGAGUAAAUUUUACUUGUACUCUUCAUUCUUUGAUGCUUCCAUUGUUAGAUAUAGAAUUGCUAAAUGCUUUUCAAAUGAAAGAUUAGAAAGGAGCUAUUAAUUUAUUGCUAGAGGUUAUUGAAUAUAUUCACACACUAUGAGGUUUUUUUUUGUUUUGUUUUGUUUUUUUAGCAGUUAUGGUAAACAGUCUCUAUAUCCUGGGCUGCUUUUAAUUGUGCUUUUACAGUUCUGGAUAUGUAACUGAUUUUUAACCUCAUUGAAAUACUUUGUGGCAACUGUAUUUACAUCCACAUUUGAGCUGGAUUUUGUACUUAAUGUAAAACUUAAUGUAAAAAAAUUGGAAUUAAUCAAAUUACUAAAGUAAAUAAAUCUAAACUCUUCA